CCUGUAGAACGCAACGCGAGUUGAAAUGCACAGCGGUAGCGGUUGUAUGAAUUCUGUCGGAACAUAUCAACUGAUCUUUAGGUCGUUUUUUUCCGUUGACUUUUAGACUAGAUUCAUUCAACUGAACACAAGUAGUUUAUUACCAACAUCAAAAAAGAUCACCUGUAAAAUGGAUUGUUCUUCUGAGGCGGUGCAGUUGCUUUCGGAUGAAGCCACCGCUCCAAUGGAAUUGAAAAAAGGAAUGUCCAUAUUCCUGGAUAUCUUAAGAAGAGCAGAUAAAAACGAUGAUGGGAAGUUGUCGUUUGAUGAGUUCAGAGCCUACUUCCAUGAUGGAGUUUUGACAUCUGAUCAACUGAAGGAGCUCUUUAACACCAUAGACACUCACAACACAGACAAUGUGGACACUGACGAGCUGUGUGAGUACUUCUCACAGCACCUUGGUGAAUACGAGAAGGUCCUGGCAGCUCUGGAGGACCUCAACAUGACAAUACUGAAGGCUAUGGGCAAGACCAAGAAGGACUAUCAGGAAGCCACACACCUGGAGCAGUUCGUGACACGCUUCCUGUUAAAAGAGACAACCAAUCAGCUCCACUCGCUGCAGAGCUCCCUGGAAUGUGCCAUGGAGACCACGGCCGAGCAAACCCGUCAGGAGAGGCAAAUCCUGUCCCAAUCACGGACCCUGAGUCCCAAUCCCGAGUCCCAGUCCCAGAGUCCCUGA